CGAGGGGUCCCAUAGUACAUCAAGGGGCGGGCGGAAGAGAGUGGAACAUGCGCAGAAAACACGGAAGCGGUGAGGGAGCGGCUGGGCUGGAUAAAUAAGGGAGAACGCGGCAAUGCUUGUCCAAAGCUUUUGCGGGGUUUGAGGCCGCGAGUAAGAUACUCACCUGAAAAGCAUUAAGUACAACAACGAAACUGCCAAAUUUGUCUAACACUAUUUGCAAUUGGCAUACCUUCAUUUUUACUAAUGAACUUACAAAACAGAAACUUUUCUCUGGAAAAGCGAAGCACAGAAAAAUGUCUGACAUCAUUGAUUCCAAUGUAGAAUUAGGGUACUUCCAGGCAAAGAUGGAUCCAGGGCCAUGAUGUCCUUGUAUCAGCACGUGUAUGCUCUGUCAUGGUGAUUGAGAAACAAAAAGGGAAUGUUCCAGUGCUUCUUGGACCUCAGCUCCAAGCCUGUCCUGCAGUGUUAAUCCAGCAAUGCCAUAGUCGCAAGGAGCAUAUUGACUACUUGAUUCACAGCAACAUCCCUGGACUGGAGAAUGAUACAGGAAGCAGCACUGGUGCCUCUUCAACAGAGAGCCAAAUGGAGCACAUCCAGUUGUGGAUGUCGGCGGCAGAUGCUUAUGCCAAUUGCCCAUCACCACUAGGCAAGAGGAAGCCCAAGGAGCAACAAGCAGAGAAGAAGACAUCCAGUGUAUUCCCCUCUGAUGUCACCAUGGAUGAGGCUUCAUUGAAUGAGAUGAAGGCUGAUGUGAGGACCUUGGUGCUGCGAGCAACUCGACAAAUGGCCAGCCCCACAGUCCCUCAGACAUCCAUCUUGCACACUAUCCAUGUGCUUAGUGCCUAUGCCAGUAUUGGCUCGCUGGUGGGCGUCUUCAAGGAGACAGGGGCCCUCAAUAUGCUGAUGAAGAUGUUGUGUCAUGAAGAGAAGCAAAUCCGCCGCAGUGCUGGCAAGAUGCUGAGGGCUCUGGCUUCACAUGAUGCAGGAAGUCGAGCUUAUGUUCUCUUGUCCCUGAGCCAGCAGGAUGGCAUCGAACAACAUAUGGACUUUGACAGUUGCUAUACCCUCCUGGAGCUGUUUGCGGAAACAACAUCCUCCAAGGAGCAUUGCAUGUCCUUUGAAGGCAUCCCCCUUCCUCAGAUUCCAGGGAAGUUGCUGUUUUCUCUGGUGAAGCGCUACCUGUGUGCCACUUCUCUCAUGGACAAACUCACCAGCACUGCAGAGCUGAAAGGUGAGCACCAGUGCUCAGGUGCAGUCUUUGGGGGAAAGAGCAGGAUCCAGUGUGAGUUUGACUUCAGCAUGGCCAUGGCCCACCUCAUUUCGGAGCUGAUGGAAGUUAUGGGCUGGAAUAGCAAGGGAGAGCUUCAGUGCCUCAGAACAAAGCAGCCGCGAGUUGGCCAGUCCAUCUUCCAGCCUCACGUUCCCUCCUGCAGUACCAUCCCGUCCACUGCAGAGCUGUCUGAGAAAAAAACCAGAGGCUUCAAAUCGCGCUCAGCCUUCCUCAGUCGCAACAGCUAUGCGGAGUAUAUACAGGAGAAGCUGGCGCGUGGCAUGCGUGUGCGCAUGUUGGAAGACUAUGAGAAGGUCUGUGCCGGAGAUGAGGGAGAGUUCCUCCAGAGCACUGAUGGCACACCACCUGUCCAGGUUUAUUGGGAGUAUCUAGGCCGCACAUACUGGGUGCAUUGGCAUAUGAUUGAGAUUGUUGGUUCAGCAAGGCAUGCAGAGCAGAAAGCCCAGGAAAAGCUAUCCAGUCUCACAGAGACUCUGAGGCAGGACACAGCAAAUCAGACAGCAUAUUGUAAUCCACUGAGGGGGCUCUAUUCCUUGCCAUACCUGAUGGAUCAGGUGGAUGAGAAUUCUGGGACCCUGAGCCGGGCUGAAUGGUGGGAGCUGCUCUUCUUCAUUAAGAAGUUAGAACUGCACGAACAACAGGAAGUGGUUCACUACAUCCAGCAGAACCACCAAGAACAGCUGUUGGAACUAGAUGAAGAGGGCCUCAUCCAGCUGUCCAUGUCAGUAGAGUUGGCCCAGCAAGUGCUGCAUCUGCUGGACCAGCACUGCCAGGGCUGCACCCGAAACGACCUGCACAGUUCCCACGUCUAUCUCAAGUAUUCCUUCAGCAAAGGAGCGGCAGAGCAGAGCUGCAAAAACAUGGACAUGAUCUCUGCGAACUGUGGUGGCCCUUCUGAGGCCAUGGCGUCCGAAAAGCCCAAGAAAGAGUCACUCUCUGCUGAGGUGCCUUCCCCAGCUUCAUCCGGAACAGAGAAAACGGACACGCAGCUGAUCAAUGAACUCCUCAAAGCAGAAGGCCUUUCCUUCCCAGACACACUGGAUGAGAAGGCCAAAGGUUUCUGCAGUGUGGAGGUGGCCAGGAAGAAAACUACCUUGGAGCAGUUGGUAUAUGCCAUGGAGAUGAUCCAGAAGUCCGGUGAGGACACUGAGCUGCAGAUGGCUGGUCUCAGAUUCAUCAUCAAGAUCUUGGAGGAAAAACCUGAGUGCAAGCAGCAGGAGAAACAUGUCAUGAAAGCUGAGGAUGAACUUGACAUUAGGGAAAAAGUGGUGCAGAUGCUGGUGCAGCUGCUGGGCCACCAAGUGGAGGAAAAGCAACUGGCGGUCUUGGUCCUGCAGGUCCUCUAUGUGCUGCUGGCCAAGUACGACUGGCGCAUUCUCUUUGCCACCAGAGGCGGGCUGCGUCAUGUGCUGCGCUGCAUGCAGAAGCACUCUGUGUCAGCACCCGUGCAGCAGGCUGGCCUAGCAGUGUUGAAACUACUGCUUGGUGCUGGGAACUGUGAGCUGCCAGGUGCCUGUAGAAAGCCAUACCCUCUGGGCCACUUGGACGCUGAGACAAUGCAAGAGAGCUUUGCCAGCAUCGGCUCUGCAUCCACCAUGGAUGCAGACCAUUUGCUCUGUGCCAUCCCUGCUGCAGUUGAGAAGAUGCUGGCCACACCUGGGGCCUCAAGAGCUGUUCAGAACGGGCUCCUCGUACUCAACAAGCUGAUCAGCCACAAGGGACUGGCAGAGCAGCUGGGAAAUGGUGACCUCUGCUCAGUCCUGAAGAACUGCUGUUGCUCAGACCAGAGCGCCAUCAAGAUGCUGGCCUGGAUUGUGCUCAGCCGUCUGGCUGAUCAGACACUUCCACUGAGCCAGGAGGGGGCAGACCCUUCAGCCUUUUUGCACUUUAAGGGCUUUGAUGCUGGAAACCUGCUGGGCAGCCUGCCCGGGAGCAGCCUUUGCAAGGAGGUGGUGGGGGCCCUGGAGCGUGGAGGCCUCUUUGGCAAGAGCACUUUCCCUGAUGAAGAUGGUUAUGAGCUGCUGGUGGAUGUGCUUCUGCUCGAAGACCUGACACAGCUGGGCUCGGAGAAGGAUGUACAGUUGCAUGCCUUAAGGCUUUUGCACAAGUGUUUGGAUAGUUCCUGGAAGGACGCAGUACCCUGGCACAAGUGUAUUGAGCCGUGCUUGUCUUCUGUGAAUGCCCACAUGAAUGACCGAGAGGUUGUCCAGGAGGGCAUCGGAUUCCUGCACUGCCUGGCCGCCCUCGACAAGGACUGUGCGGUGAUGAUGUGCUGCCUGGGCACCAAGGAAGCCUUGACCAAAGUCCUGGAGAAGCACGGCCCUGGCCUCCCGCAGGUGGCAGAGCUGGAGGACCUCCUGAGCAGCAGUGAGAAAUACGCCAGCCUGUACAAGAAGAUGACGGCCAGCAUCCUGGCUGGCUGCAUCCAGAUGGUUCUGGAUCAGAUAGAGGAACAUAGGUGGAGUCAUCAGCCUAUCACUGUCCCAUUCUUCAAUCUCUUCCUACAAAACCUGUGUCAAGGGUGCAGCGUGGAAGUCAAGGAGGACAAGUGCUGGCAGAGGGUGGAGGUGUCCUCCAACCCCCAGCAGGCCAGCAAGUUGGUGGAUGGAAACCCCAGCACCUACUGGGAGUCAAAUGGCAGCUCCUGCUCCCACUACAUCAACGUAUACAUGCAUCGCGGGGUGACAGUCCGGCAGAUGUCCCUCCUGGUGGCCAUGGAGGAUUCCUGCUACAUGCCAGCCCGCAUCCUGGUCCUGGGAAGGGAGAGCGCCUCCGGCAUCAGCACCAGGCUCAAUAUGGUGUGUGUCCCGCCAUCGGCCAGCCGAGUGACCCUCCUGGAGAACAUGAGCUGCUUCUGGCCCAUCAUUCAGAUCAAGAUCAAACGCUGCCAGCUGGGCGGCAUUGACACGCGAGUGCGUGGCCUCGAGGUGCUGGGGCCCAAGCCCACCUUCUGGCCCGUCUUCAAGGAGCAGCUGUGCCGGCGCACGUACCUCUUCUACACCACCAAGGCGCACACCUGGUGCCAGGAAAUCUCUGAAGAUCGAAUGCAGCUGCUGCAGCUGUUCAGCAGGCUGAACAGCGCCUUGCGCCACGAGCAGGUGUUUGCCGACCGCUUCCUUCCCGACGACGAGGCCGCCCAGGCUUUGGGCAAGACCUGCUGGGAGGCGCUGAUCACGCCCCUGGUGCAGAGCAUCACCUCCCCAGAUCCCAGCGGCAUCAGCCCCCUGUCGUGGCUCCUGAGCCAGUAUUUGGAGAACGUGGAGGUUGCCCGGCGCACCAAGAGCCGGGCCGCCGUCUUCAACUCCCGUGUGCGGCGCCUGAGCCACCUGCUGGUCCACGUGGACUCGAGCAGCCCCGAGCCUGAGGACCUGAAGCCCCCUGUCAAAUCCAAUGGGAAGAACGGCAGGAACAAGGAGCUGGGCUCGGGCACUGCCAAGGCCGCGGCGAAGAAGCCCAGCAGCACGACGGGCAUCACGCAGUGCUGGAAGGGCGUGGUCCAGCAGCAGGUGAAGCGGUUCCUGGAGUCCUCGUGGCAGGCCCCCGACUUCGUGGAGCGCUACUGCAGCACCUACCAGCGCCUGCGCACGGCCAUGGAGGAGCUCUUUGGGCAGCAGAUGUCCUUCAUGCUGGCCCUGUGCCAUGGCUUCUCCGGGGGGCUGCUGCAGCUCUCCUUCCUGACGGCCAUGCACGUGAGCGAGCAGUUUGCCCGUUACAUCGACCGGUGGAUUCAAGAGAGCUGGGCGAAUUCCGGCAACGUGGAGAGCCUGCAGCGCCUGCAGCAGAGCCUGGAGCCCAUCCUCUUCCUGGCAGGCCUCGAGCUGGCCAACACCUUUGAGCACUUCUACCGGUACUACCUGGGGGACCGGCUGCUGUCCCAGGGCAAGACGUGGCUGGAGACGGCCGUGGUGGAGCACAUCGGGCUCUGCUUCCCCAACCGGUUCCCUCAGCAGAUGCUGAAGAACCUGAGCGAGCUGGAGCAGCAGCAGCAGCAGUUCCACCUCUUCCAGCUGCAGCAGCUCGACAAGCAUCUGCUGGAACUCGAUCAGCGUGGAAAACAGGAGGAGGAGGCGGAGGAGGAAGAGGAAGCAGUGACGAUGGAGGUGGAGCCGUUCCCUCAGGAGGAGGAGGCUGACGUGAAGGUGCUGGCUUUGUCCCCACGCUGCUGGACCAUCUCACCGCUCUGCUACCUGGAGGAGCCUGCCCGGUUUUUCCCGCCAUCCCUCAGCCAGCACCUGAGCAAGUUUGCAGAUUUCUACACCCAGAGUCAGAGCCGCUUCGGACAAGAGCACACCAAGCCGCGACGUUUGCAGUGGACGUGGCUGGGCCAUGCUGAGCUGGAGCACCAGGGCUGCGUCCUGCACGUGUCCACUUUGCAGAUGUACAUUCUUCUGUGCUUCAACGACGCUGAGGAGGUUUCUGUGGAAGUUCUGUCGCAGGAGACUGGCCUCUCCCCCGUCCUCCUCAGUCACGCAUUGAAUCCCCUGACGAAAGAGAACGGGAUCCUGACCCAGAAUCAGAGUGUCCUGAGGCUGAACGAGGUGACGCUGUCUCAGGUGUCGGGCCAGCACCUGUGGCUGUUGCCCAAACAGACAUACCUGAAUGUGGAGGAGAACGAGGCCAGCGCUCUGGAGAGGAAGAGGAACAUCAUCUGCUGCCUGCUCAUCCAGAUCCUGAAAGAGGAGAAGGAGAUACACAUCGACAGCUUGGUGUUCCGAGUGAUGCAGGCCUGCCAGAAACAGGCGCAUGGCUGUGCCUUCAGGAACUUGAGCCCCUUCUGCAGCAGCACUGAUGUCCUCUCCUGCAUCCUGCGCAUGGUCAACCAGGGUUCCAUCCGGCGCCAGGAUGACCACCCAGAGCUCCUGAAGUACCUCUCCACGGAGCUCCCUGCCCCUGCCGAGCCAAAGAACCAGCCUCGAGUUGUGUUUCAGACAAUGCAGAUCAAAAAGGCGCCCAGCAUGCCCUGUGGGGAGAAGAAACAUACGUUCUCGACAUUUAGGUAGAACUGGCUGCUGCUGUUUGUGGAUGCGGAAUUGAGCGGGGCUGCCACCACUUUUCAAGACACGGUUCCCUUGUGUGUAUGGUGGGCUGUGGGCAUCCUACUCUUCCUCCUGCUUUGCACAUUAUGAUUUUGGCAAGAAGCCAAGUACUGCCCCGGGCCUUCUGCUGAGAAAAGAAACUAGCUGUUUGUCACAAGCAGCUACUCCCAGAAGGCGGAUCUUGCAUGCAGACCAAGCAGCUCCUGCUUCUGUCACCAGCCAUAGUCCUCUUAGGCACAUUGUGGCUUCUGAGCAACACAAAAUUGCAGAAAAAGCAGCCAUUGCCUUCCUUGAAUGUCUAGGGAGCCUGUAGUUCUAGAACCCAGGCAACUCUGAAAAAGGCAGGUUGCUUACCUGUGACUGCCGUUCCUCAAGUGACCGUCUGUGCAUUUACAUAUUAUGGGUGUUGCACCUGCGCAGCGCCUGUUGCCGGGAAGAUUUAAUAGCAUUAAUGGGUUUUGGUACGAACUCUGCGCCCUCCCCACCAUAGUACAUAUGGACGGAGUGCCCACCAUUUCCCCAGUCAGCUGAAGACCGUCCGUUUGUCCCCAAGUGGAGAAAAGUCGGUAUCAAAUCCGACUCACAGUUAAGGAUAGGAACGAGCCCUUAUAAAUAUCAAUCGGAAGUGUGUGUGUGUGUGUGAAGACAAGUAUAGUAGACCCCGUCACCGACACCGAGUGGGGCCAGUGGGCAGUUUGUGUGAAUACACAGAUGGCCACACUUAAGGUAAGCAGUCUGCCUUUCUUCAUCGUGGCCUCUGUGCAUCACACAUUAUGGGUGAUUAAUAAGCUUACCACCCCCGGAGGCGGGAUGGUGUCGUCACUGGAGAACUGCAGAAAGAACUGCACAGCCAAAGGAACAGUCCUGUCUGGCCUUGAUGUCCAGGUGAUAGUGUCUUGUGAAGGUACACAGAGUGGACCAUGUGGAUACCUUGCAAGGGGAUGCUGGCAGAGAGAGCGGAAGCAGCAGCGAUAGCCCUUGUGGAGUGUCCCUUUAAAGCAUUGGGUAAGUCCAGGUUUGAAAGGCGAUAAGCCAGUUCAGUUGUCUCAACGAUCCAUUUUGAGAGUCUUUGAGUGCUGACUGGUGCUCCCUUGUCAUGCUCUGAGUAUUUGACAAACAGCCAUUUGGUUUUCCUAAAUGACUCAGUUCGGGAUGGGUAAAAGGCUAAGCAUCACCAAAUGUCUAAGGGAUGCAAAGAGCAUUCAAUCAGUGUCAGCGGAGUAGGAAAAUUGGCUGAUAGGACAAUAUCUUGGUUGAUGUGAAAAGGAGUGGCAACCUUGGGCAGAAAGGUGGGAUCGGUGCGAAGAACCACUUUUUCUUUCUCAAAGUUAAGGUAUGGAGGGUCGACACGAAGAGCACCCAAUUCAUUACCUCUUCUGGCUGAGGUAAUAGCUACUAAAAAAACCUGUUUUUCAAGGGAGAAGGCGUAGAUCAGUUGUGGCUAGUGGUUCAAAAGGAAGCUUGGUGAGAGCGUGAAGGAUGACGGAGGCUCCAUGUUGGUACUACUGAUCGGGUCGACAGUGGAGGGUAGGAAACAGUGAACAGAGAAGAAUGGACUAGGAAGAUGACGACAGAAGGGGGGUAUUUAUUUUUGU